GCCUCCUCUCUGCGCCAUGGCGGCCGAGAUCCACUCGCGGCCUCAGAGCAGCCGGCCCGUGCUGCUGAGCAAGAUCGAGGGGCACCAGGACGCGGUCAGCGCCGCCCUCGUCAUCCCCAAGGAGGACGGCGUCAUCACGGCCAGCGAGGACAGGACGAUUCGAGUCUGGCUGAAGAGGGACAGUGGGCAGUACUGGCCCAGCAUUUACCACACCAUGUCAUCUCCAUGUUCCGCGAUGGCAUAUCAUCAUGACAGCAGACGAAUAUUUGUAGGCCAAGACAAUGGAGCCAUUAUGGAGUUUCAUAUCUCAGAAGACUUUAAUAAGAUGAACUUUGUCAGGACCUACCCAGCUCAUCAGAAUCGAGUGUCUUCGGUUAUCUUCUGUGUGGAAGCUGAGUGGGUUAUCAGUACCGGCCAUGAUAAAUGUGUCAGCUGGAUGUGCACCAGGAGUGGAAACAUGCUGGGAAGACAUUAUUUCACCUCCUGGGCCUCUUGCCUACAAUACGACUUUGAAACCCAGCACGCCUUUGUGGGUGACUAUUCUGGGCAGAUAACGCUGCUGAAGCUGGAGCAGAACACCUGCUCAGUGAUUACGACUCUCAAGGGCCACGAAGGAAGUAUUGCUUCCCUGUGGUGGGAUCCUGCUCAGCGAUUACUCUUCUCCGGAGCGUCUGAUCACAGCAUAAUCAUGUGGGACAUUGGUGGAAGGAAAGGCCGGACGCUGCUGCUUCAAGGCCAUCAUGACAAGGUGCAGGCCCUUUGCUACAUCCAUUUCACGCGACAACUGGUUUCCUGUUCUGCCGAUGGAGGGAUCACAGUUUGGAAUAUGGAUGUUACCAGAGAGGAGGCCCCUCAGUGGUUGGAAAGCGACUCCUGUCAGAAAUGUGAGCAGCCUUUCUUCUGGAAUAUAAAACAGAUGUGGGACACCAAGACCUUGGGCCUGAGGCAGCAUCACUGCAGGAAAUGUGGCCAGGCAGUAUGCGGCAAGUGCAGCACGAAGCGCUCCAGCUACCCCAUCAUGGGCUUUGAAUUCCAGGUCCGAGUCUGCGACUCUUGUUUUGAUUCAAUCAAGGAGGAAGAUCGCACAUCUUUGGCAACUUUUCACGAAGGAAAACAUAACAUUUCCCAUAUGGCCAUGGAUAUCUCAAGGGGACUGAUGGUGACGUGUGGAAGUGAUCGUGUAGUAAAGAUAUGGGACAUGACACCUGUCGUGGGUUGCAGCCUCGCGACUGGUUUCAGCCCCCGUUGAUGUCUGCCCGCCACCGAAGCAUCCCUGACGUACCAAAUAGAAGAACCUCCGUCUGUGACUUUUGAUACAAAAAUGCUGGC